CAAGCGUUCAACACUCGCCAGUGAGUUGCUGCUGCUUCUCGACUGGUUGCCGUGUCUAAGGCGACUUUAAUGAGACCAUGCAGGCAGCCUCACUCAGUGACUUCAUCAAGAACAUUAAUGCGGCAUGGGAGGCCGCGACCGCGGUCGCGCUGGAAAAAGCCAAGGCUAAGGCUGCGAGGAGGGCAGAGCAGGAUCCUACGAGACAUCACGCCGCCGCGAAGGACGCCGCCGCCGCCGAGGGGACAGCGCUGGCGAAGACACCGCGAGAUGGGAAGCGGAGAGCCGAAGAGGGCGAGGAGUCUGACAGCGCGCUCAAGCGCCGCAAUGGCAUGCAGGGGGCCAACACCCCCACGACCUUGGGGCCCGAGGCCUUCCGAGCGGCACAUCAGAUCGUGGCCGACUCGCGAUGCCCCGACCCCAUGGAGACCUUCGAUGCGGCCGCCCCAGCACUUGGCCCUGCGCUGACGAGGGCGCUGAGGGCCUUGGGCUACGUGGCCCCCACGCCGAUUCAGGCGCAGGCGUGGCCGGCGGUGCUCCAGGGCCGUGAUCUGAUCGCCGUGGCCAAAACCGGCAGCGGCAAGACAUUCGGCUUCCUCUUGCCAGCGCUCGUGCGUGUUGCCGAGCGCAGCCCGCAGCAUGCCAGCGGGUCCAAACCUUGCGCCAAGCCCACGUGUCUCGUGCUGGCUCCAACGCGGGAGCUUGUGCAACAGAUCGCGGGCGAGGCAGAGAAGGUCGCGCACACCGUUCGCGCGCAGGUCUUGGUGGUCUUUGGCGGAGUGCCUAAGAACGAACAGGUAUCCAAUGCGAAGCAGGGUGCGGACGUUGUCAUUGCCACUCCUGGUCGGCUCAUGGACCUGGCAGCUGGCGCCCCUUCGAAGAAUCUGCUUCCCGUUGUCAGCCUCGAAGAUGUGAACUACUUGGUGCUCGACGAGGCGGACCGAAUGCUCGACAUGGGUUUUGAGCCCGAUAUCCGUAAGAUCGCUGAGCAGUGUAAGGCUAGCGGGCGGCCCGAGGAGGGCGGAUGUGCGCCUGGCGCGCAUGGAGGUUCCAAGCGGCAGACGCUCUUCUUCACGGCGACGUGGGCCAUGGAUGUUCAGAGGACGGCCAGGUCCCUCGCCAGCCACGACGCGCUGACCAUCAGUGUCGGCCAGGGCGCGGGCGGAGCCACUCUCUCCGCCAACCCACUGGUCCGGCAGACGGUCUUCCUGCUGGAGGAGAAGGAGAAGCUGCCCAAGCUGCACGAGGUCCUGAGCGCUGAGCUCGGCCAGGGCCAGACCUGCCUGAUCUUCGUGGCCACGAAGGCGGGCUGCGACAGGCUGGAGAGGGAAGUCCGGCAGCACGACUACGGCUUCGGCGAGCGCCCCUGGUGCCGGGCGCUCCAUGCCGACCGGGAGCAGUGGGAGCGCGAGGAGAGCCUGCAGCAGUUCCGAGACGCCACCGCGGGACAGCUGGGGCAGCAGCGCGCCGUGCUCGUGGCCACGGACGUUGCCGCGCGCGGCCUGGAUGUCCCCGGCGUCGCCGUGGUCGUCGUCCACGAUUCCGAAGGAGAAGCAGCGGCGGGAGCACAAACUUUCGGAGCCUACGUCCACCGCAUCGGCCGCACGGGCCGUGCCGGGAGGCAGGGGAGGGCCUUCGCGCUCUUCACGCCAGGGGACCCGGGCGCCGCGGAGCUCGUGCAGCUGCUGGAGGGCGCAGGGCAGGCGGUGCCCAGCAGGCUCCGGGAUCUCGCGGGCGCCGAGUGGUACCGGGAGGCGGAGCGCGAAGGGCUGCAGAGGUGGGAGAAGAAUCGAAGGGCGAAGGAGGGGAAGGCACGGGCAAAGGCAGCAAGAGCUCUUCGUUAA